CUCCUUGGUAGUGCGUUUACAUCUAACAUCUAUACUUACAUAGUAGAAGAAUUAAAAGAAAGUUGAUAGCUGACGUGUAGCUUUAGGUCGAAAAUUUUUCAAAAAUGAAUCAAAAGUCGCUAUAUUUCUCAUUAACAUUUUUUAUACUAAUUCAAAUAUCUUCAGCUUUAUAUUUUCAUAUUGGCGAAACUGAAAGAAAAUGUUUUAUAGAAGAAAUUCCAGAUGAAACGAAUGUUAUUGUAAAUUAUAAGGUUGAAUUAUACGAUCCCAGAAGUGGUGGUUUUAUGCCAUCCUCAACAGGAAUUGGAAUGCAUGUAGAAGUCAGAGAUCCAGAUGAUAAAGUAAUUUUAUCAAGAGUGUACAGUGCUGAAGGAAAAAUAUCCUUCACUUCUCAUUUACCUGGAGAACAUGUUAUUUGUAUGUUCUCAAACAGUACAGCAUGGUUCAGUGGAUCACAAUUACGAGUACACUUAGAUAUACAAGUAGGAGAACAUGCCAUUAAUUAUGGAGAAAUUGUACAAAGAGAAAAACUAUCAGAGUUGCAAUUACGGGUUAGACAGUUAAUUGACCAAGUUGAACAGAUAACUAAAGAGCAAAAUUAUCAACGGUACCGUGAAGAAAGAUUCAGACAAACUAGCGAGAGUACAAAUUCACGAGUGCUUUGGUGGUCGAUUACCCAAACUGCAGUUCUUCUGAUUAUGGGAACAUGGCAAAUGAGACAUCUCAAAACAUUCUUUGAAGCCAAGAAAUUAGUUUAAUAUAUAUUAUUUAUUUUUUUGUUGUAUGUUAUGUGAACAAAAUUUUUCUAGAUAAAGUAAUUUGAAAAAGC